GGUUUAGCUAUUUUACUGUGUUCACUUCUCUUUAUAGGGUACAUAGUUCUGGUUCAGCAAUGGAGGUCCUGUCAUCAACCCCUUGUUGGAGCAAUAUUGUUAAGAAGGAGCCGCCUCCGAAGCAGCAAGAAAGUUCUCCAACUCGAGUCUUUGAGGGCUGUAAAUCAAGCAAAGGUAUCGCGGUUGCUGUCGUCGAUGCCACUGCUAUUAUUCAAGGUGGAGAAAUUCUAACGAAUUCUGCUGAUAAGUUCGUUUCGGUGAGGGAAGUAAUGGAGGAGGUCAAGGACCCGAUUUCUCGUCACAAGCUAUCGUUCGUUCCAUUUACUGUAGAGACUAUGGAGCCAUCACCGGAAGCACUUAAGAAAGUUAUCAGCUUUGCAAGGGCAACUGGUGACCUGCAGACUCUCUCAGACGUUGAUCUCAAACUUAUUGCUUUAACUUAUACAUUGGAAGCUCAAGUUCAUGGGACUAAAAAUCUCAGAGACACCCCUCCCCCAAUCCAUAUGGUUAAUGUAAAAAAGUUUUCUGAGAAAGAAAUGCCUGGUUGGGGCUCCAACGUACCUAAUCUUGAAGAAUGGGAAGCUUUGGAGCAUGCAGUUGAGUUUGAUUCACACUCUGAUUCGAGAAUUCUCCCUCUGAAAGACCUGAACUUGAAUGUUUUUCCUGUAGAUGGCCAUAUUACUUCUGAAGAUGGUUUAAUGGAAAAUUGUAGUGAAACUCAUACUGAGGAUCUAGAGGAUCUUGAUGGCAGGUCAAGGAGACCUAGAAGAUUUCUGCCCCAAAAGAAAGAGAUAAACAUAGAAGGGAAGAUGGUUGCUGCUGGAAUUGAUGCCUCUGUGGGGCAAGUUGAUGACAAUGCUAACGACUGGCUGCCUGCUGUCAGUCGCAGUACUCACAGAAGAUAUCUUAGAAGAAAAGCAAGACGUGAAUUGUCUGAGGCAUCAGCAGAGAAAAAUGAUCACCCAGAUGUUGAGGCAAACACAAGAGACAAUGGAGUUGAGGAACAGGGGUGCCCUGAUUCCCAUUUACCUGAGAACUCUGAAGAAAAUGUAGUGGCUGAGAUCUCACAGGGUGAGGCUAAAGAAGGGAAGUUUGAUGAGGAGGAUAUAUCUUCUGUCCUAAAACAUAUAAGGUUGGAAGUAGAUUCAUCAGAACAUCUGCAAGAAGAGGAGGAAGAAAGCAUAUCUUAUGCAGUGGUAGAUACAGAGGCUGGCUCUGAAGGAUUUCAUGGUAAUGUUGAUGCUGAAGGAGACAUGGUUCAAACAUGUAGUGAAGGAUUUCAAAACUUUGAUACUUCAAGUCAAACAAAUGAAAGCAUCGAUACCUCAUUAGUGGACGACUCCAACAGUGAGCAGAGCUGGAUGCUACGGUCAUUAUCCGACUCAAGUGUUGCCUGUGUGACAAGUGACUUUGCAAUGCAAAAUGUCAUUCUGCAAAUUGGUUUACGGCUUCUGGCACCUGGAGGGAUGCAGAUUCACCAGCUGCACAGGUGGAUACUGAAAUGUCAUGCCUGCAAUAAGGUAACCGCUGAGAUUGGGAGGAUAUUCUGCCCAAAAUGUGGUAAUGGUGGCACUUUACGCAAGGUAGCAGUGACAGUGAAUGAAAAUGGGGUUGUCCUGGCAGCUCGUCGUCCUCGUAUUAUCCUUCGAGGCACAAAAUUUUCGCUCCCCCUACCUCAAGGUGGAAGAGAUGCCAUCACCAAAAAUCUUGUUCUCCGUGAAGAUCAACUCCCACACAAACUGUUGUACCCUAAGAUAAAAAAGAAAGCCAACAAGCAGGGAGAGGACAUCUUCAUGCCAGAUGAUAUAUUUUCCCACAUUUCUGAUAAAAGAGCUCCUUUGCAGCCUCCCAUAAGGAAAGCAUUAGCAGUUUUCAGUGGAAAGAGGAACCCUAAUGAUAACCAUUUCUCUCGUUCUAAGCACUAGAAAUUACUUGGUAGAGUCUGAUUCGGCCUUUGUCGCAGAGCCGGUU